CGUCGCGUGGCGGUGUACGGCACUUGGCUUCGGAUCAUUCCGGGCGAGUGCUUCUGCCUUCUUGGUCCCAACGGAGCGGGCAAGACCACCACCAUCAAGUGCCUCGUGGGGGCCAUAAGGCCCACCAGCGGCGAGGCCCUGGUGUACGGCACUAGCGUGCUGGACAGCCCCGGUCUGGACGCGGUUCGCGGCGUGACGGGCAUCUGCCCCCAGUUCGACGUAUUGUGGGGUGCCCUCAGCGGGCGGGAGCACCUGAUGCUGAUGGCUGACGUGAGGGGUUUGUCCGCGGGGCAGCGGAGGGGGGAGGUGGACCGAAUGUUGAAACAGGUGCAGCUGGAGGCCGCCGCAGAUCGUGCUGCCGGGUCGUACAGCGGCGGCAUGCGGCGGCGGCUGAGUGUGGCGGCGGCGCUGCUGGGUGACCCACGGGUCGUCUACCUGGACGAGCCAACCACCGGCAUGGAUCCGGUUUCCAGGAGCCACGUGUGGGAGCUCAUCUCCGCAUCCAAGACCGGUCGCUGUCUGGUGCUGACGACCCACUCUAUGGAGGAAGCCGAGGUGCUGGGAGACAGGGUUGCCGUACUGGCGGCAGGU